ACAAAUUUUAGAAGCAUAUAUUGAGAUUUCUUCUAAUGUUUUGGAUAUAAAAUGGAGAGCUCGCUUUAAUGUAAUCGUGUAAUUAAUACUUUAAUUAAGUUUCCAUAUUUAUUAGGUUUUAUUGUAUUCAGGACGUUGUUAUUAUAUAUAUGACACCUAGAGCUACUAGUCUGACAAGUCAUUCCAUUAUUCACACAUGGUAUUAAGAACUCUAGGUUUUAGACAAUACUAAAAAAAAUCGAUGGCCUCCUCGACUGGUUAUGCCCCCGCCACCAUGUCUUCCUCUACCGCCACCAUGAUGACCUCAUCGGCGGUUGACACGACGGUUCUGAGCGCAGCCACGCAACCACCGCCUAUCUCACCGCCGCCGCAGAUGACCUCCGUCCCCCUCGACGUGUCAGACUCACCGCUGUCUUCCUCCUGGGUCCCACCAAUUUUUACAUGGACGCCAACGCCGCCGACAGUUCAGCCGCCGCCACUCUUCUUCGCUGACUCUCAGGCCGAGUCCAGCCCGACUGCUGCUGCCCGAGCGCGUUUUGCUGGACCUACCUUAUCCGGAAACCCCGGUUUGGUUCUCCCGACAUCGGCUGGCUCGAUCGGACGUCGCCCGGUUGACACUCCUUUACCGGCUUUGUUUGCUUCGUUAGCCCAAGGUAUGAUUUUUGGUGCCUCUAUUACCUAAAUUGUGACCACAAAAUUAUUGGAUGUUGAAGUUCACCUGUGGUGGCGAACUCAAGUCUGAGUCUUUUUUAGUUGAUAAUGAUCUUUUGGGAAUUCUUGAUGGAACUCUUCUGGCUCCCACUCUAUAUACCUAUGAUUUAUAUCAGGCUCAGACAAUUAAUCCAGAAUAUUAUCAUUGGUUAAUGUUGGAUCAGACUGUUCGUGCUUGGUUGUUUGCUACUCUUUCCCGUGAAAUUUUAAUGGAAAUGCAUCAAUUAUUGAAAAAUUCCACCGCCAUCUGGCAGCGACUGGAGUCACCAUUCAUGGCCGUCAGUCUUACCCGAUCCAUGGAGUUAAAACAAAUGUUGUCUCAUACCAAGAAGAAGCCUAAUUAGUCCAUGGAAGAUUAUGUUCGCGACAUCAGGACAAUUACGGAUUCUCUAGCUUCCAUCAAUCCCCCGGUUUCGGAUUCUGACCUCUUGUAGCAUACCCUUUACAGUUUGGGUCCAGGAUAUGAGUCACUGGUGAGACCUCUUACUCUCUUUCCUGAAGGGCUCACUUUUGACUCUUUAUGCACAAAAUUAGUCCAUCAAGAGGUGUGCCUACACUACGAACAGUCCUUGGAAUUCACGAUUGGAGCUCCUGCUUUUGCGGCGUCAUCCUCGACAUGGAGGGUGUGGCGGUAGACGUGGAAAUUGAGGCAAGGGUGGCCUAGGUCGCGGCCGACACCAACCGCAGCAGCCGCCGAUCUUCGGUCAGCCCCCAUAGCAGCAACCACAUGGUUCUUCAGGUCGUGGAGCUCACCAGCAUGCUAAUUUGGGUACACCUGGUCAUUCCGCUGUUGCAUGUCCUUCUCGUUUUGUUCAAGUCCAGGCUCCUGCAUUGGCUGUCUCCACUGGUGAAUACACUCGGACUAUUUGGUAUCCUGACUCCGGUGCUUCCGCUCAUAUGACUUCUAAUCAAGGUAUUUUGGACAAUAAAUGCAUUUAUUUUGAACCAUUAUUUGUUAUGGUGUCAUUCCAUUAUUCUCACAUAUUGGUGUGUCCAUUUAAAAAUGUUAAGUUUUACUCCUCCGUCCCGCUAAGAUUGUCCCAUUUUACCUUUUCGAGAAGUCCCACUAAGAUUGUCACAUACCAUAUUUGGUAAAGAUUGUGUGGCUCUAAAUCAUUCUAACUUUAUUCUUACUUUAUCAAUUUAAUAUCAACCACACAAACCUACUUUUCUUAAUAAUCGUGUUACUUUCUCUCGUCCCAAUCUUAGUGGGAGGAAGGUAGUAUAUUAAUAUUUAGCCAUUCUCAUGCACUCAUUCCAUACUCUUGAAGCGAUUUCGAGUGAAUGGAGCAAAUAGGUAGCCAGCUCCUAUUGGGAAAUGAAACAUUAAUUAGAGUGGUCAAAGUUUGAAAAGCUAGCGAAUGAAACAUAGAAAGAAAAAGAAACGGAACUUGACCGAUCUUUUUUGUGAUUGAGACAUUAUGUAUGUGCUUUAUAUAUGUAUGGGUUCACUUUUACAAGGAAAAGGCCAAUAAUUUUGUUAUCCUGCACUGCCUUUUCAACAAUGGAAACUGACCAAAGCUCAAAACAAGAAAAAGAGGAUCUGGGAAGGAGAUCGAGUGGAGGGUGUGUCAAUUGCCAUUUUCAUUUGUCGUUCCCUAAAUGUAUAUCAAUUUCUGAAACUAUUUUACACAUUUUUUACCUUAAUUAUGUUGGCCGAGGAUGCUCUGGUUCCAUUCUUAUUAGUUCAAGUGUUCAUAUUUAAGAAUUUCAGUAUAAUAGGGUUAGGUAGUUUCAACUUUGGGUCAUGAAUGUUUCUUGAUUCUAGGUUUGCUAACCGUUCAUUUGGAGAAUUAUAAACACCGAUUUUUAACUUUUAAAAGAACCAUAUUGUUUUUACACUAUUUCCAAUUUCAUAUUAAAAUUCCUGUUAUCUUUUAUAUCAUAAAUACUACUAUCUCCGUAUCAUUUUAUGUGUCUCACUUUGAUUUGACACAAUUCUUAAGAAAGAGGUUGAAAAAGUAAAAGUUGUGGAUGAGAUUUGAGUAUAAUAAAGUGAAAUGUUGUGUGUCACAUAUUUAUUUUCAAAAGAGAAAAUGAGAAACUUAUUUGUGAUAAACAAAAAAGAAAAGUAGGACACGGAGGGAGUAAUUGUUUGAGUUAUCGUCUAGAAUUAGGACCAUAUCGAACCCGACAAGUCAAUUUGUUUGUACUCAUUUGAAAUAUAGUACUACAACUAGAGUUGUGCUAGGUGUACACAUUUUUGUGUACACCUUUUGUACACUCGUCUCUCUCACGCACAAAAUAUUAUAUAUCCACAGACAAUUCUACAGAGUUGUCUGUGAAUAGACAAUUCUUUGUGUGUGACACAGACGUAGUACAAAUGGGUUCAGGACAAUCUGAGUCAAGGUUCAGGACUAGGAUUUUGUCUAAUCCUAUAAACAAAUGGGUUCGACGCAUAUUUUGUGACGCAGUGUCACCAUUUUUUAUCACUACGCCAUGCUAAUUUUUUCGUGACAUUACAAUUUUUGAAAUUACUUUUGUCCUAAAUUUCUCAAGAGUUCGUCAAUUCGUGCCAAAUGAAAAUUUGUGCAAAAAUCAUUUUGCAUCAAGAAACUUGGAACAAAAUCAUGACAAAAGUUUAGGUCAAUAGGUGUCAAAACUCCUAUCCCUGUCCACAUUAAGUUUUGUGAUUCAAUAUUACUUUUUAUAUGAAAUUUUGCGAUUAAAUAUUACUAUGUACUUUUCCAUAGUUUCUAAAUACUCUUAAGUGUGUAAGUUUCAAUUAUAUGUACUAAUCUACAUAUUUUUAGGAAAGUUAACCAUAGCAGGAAGGAGGACUUCAUUUAUGGAAUGAGUGAAAAAAUAAUCAUAAAGCAAUUAGUAUAAUACGAUGAUAGUGUAACUCCCGAUCCCGCAGGACUCGAGUUAGUUACUCCAGAUCUCUCCGGACAUCUAGUACUGUCCGGACAAACCACCACGAGCCUUUACCGUGCACUUUGUCCUUACUCAUGUGCGCCCUGAGAAACUUCUCAGGGGGGUCACCCAUACUAAGACUACUCCCGUGCAAGCACGCUUAACUUUGGAGUUCUUGGGUGAUGAGCUCCCUUAAAAGGAGAUGCACCUCUGUUGGUAUGCGUAGUACUAUUAAUCCAUUUAUAUUAAAUCUCAAGUGUUACAAUCACCCCCACUUAGGAUCGCAAUGUCCUCGUUGCGCCCUUAAACAAAUCUGAAUCAAACCCCAGAAUCUUUUCCCCUGCUAGGUGUCUGCCCGAUAUCCAACAGAUCAGCACACUGUCGCAGGGUUGCUCUGAUACCAUUUGUAACACCCCGGCCCUGUAGGACUCAAGGUAGUUACUCCAGACCUCUCCGGACCUCUAGUACUGUCCUCACAAACCAUCACGAGCCUUUACCGCACACUUUGUCCUCACUCAUGCGUGCCCUGAGAAACUUCCUAGGGGUCAAGACUACUCCCGUGCAAACACGCUUAACUUUAGAGUUCUUAGGUGAUGAGCUUGCUUAAAAGGAGAUGCACCUCUGUUGGUAUGAAUAGUACUAUUAAUGCGUUUUUAUAUGUAAAUUUUGACGCAGUCAACUUCAAAAAAUGAUUUGAAUGCCUUCCCGAUCGAAUUUUGAGCAGAAAUUUGGUAUGAAUAAACUAGACUUGAUGAAGAACAUGUUCAAAAAAAUUCAUCAAACAAUUCAAUCGGGAAGUGCCCGAAACGCCCUCGGCCGGCCGGCGGUUCCCGUCAGGCCGGCUGGACAAGAACGGGACUAUAUAUAUAUAUAUAUAUAUAUAUAUAUAUAGUCUUUAUUAUUGAAUACUCUCUCUAUAUAUAUGUCAUAUACAGAAACGUGAAAGUUUAGUAGAUAUUUUAUUUUAGCCUUUUAGGGAAGAAGGGAAUAUUAAUUAUCUUCGUCCCAAAUUAAUUUUCAAAAUUGACUUUUCUUGGUCAAACAAUAUCAUUGUAUUUCUUCUAAUUUGGGUUUUGUAACUUUGAAAAGAUUUUAAUGUAGUUUCUGAAUAUGUAAAUUUUAAUUAUUAAAAAUUGAAUUAAGUAUUUUUUUUUUGAAAACUUGAAUUAAGUAUCAAUAGGGAGGAUUUAACAUUAAUAUUAGCCGAUAAAAAAUGGUGAUGACUUUACAAAUCAAUUUGGGAGGGAAUGAAUGCAUUGUAUGUAUAGCGCGCAUUGCAACAUUAAUAAAGUGCAUCAGCUUAAUCAUGAAUGAUGAUCGCAAAGAUAUAUAUAAGGGGUGAUGGAGUUGAAUACGCAUGUUGAAGUUAAGAUGAAGCUUACGUAUCUAAUACGCAGAGAUGGACUUGGUAAUGAAUAGAACGUGAAUGGAAUGUGGAGAUAUAAUGUGACCGGCGCGCCUUAAAUCUAUCACUAAAUAAUUGGGUAGCUGGGUUGGAAGCAUGUAUAAGAAAGAGAAAAGAAAACGUCUGAUUUGAAAAUAGCUUAGCUAGUACUUCAUUAAUGUAUGUAUGUAUGUAUGUAAAGAAAUUAAAGGGAAAAAGAAGUGAAGGGUAUAGUAGGUAGCUAGCAGCCAAAAAUAAAAGGUAGCAGCAGAGCGGACAUACAGAGUUUCACGCACUAUAAAUAGACACCAGCCCACCUUAUGUGUGUAAGUGUAUAUAUGAAUGAAUUGUGUGUCCUAAAUUAAUUAAUAAACUAAUUGUAGCGCCGCAGCUUAUUAAUCAGUAAUUAGGGUGUGGGUGUGUGUGUAUAUAUAGACUACACAAAGUAUGUACGUAGUGAUGGAGUGGUAGCUCGAUCUAGCUAGCUUUAAGCUUUUAUUAUAUAUAGAUAUAUAAUUAGGUAGCUAGUACGUACUAAUUAUAUAUCGAUCGUGGAAUAGAAUGGAGUGGAGAUUGCAGGAAGCGUUGGUGAGAUGGAAGCCAUACCUGGCUCUGGUGUUCAUUCAGUUUGGGCUGGCGGGGAUGGAUGUCAUCUCCAAAGUGGCCCUCAACCAAGGCAUGAGCAACUACGUCUUUGUUGUCUACCGCCACGCUGUUGCCACCAUCGUCAUAGCUCCCUUUGCACUCAUUCUCGACAAAAAACACAGGCCCAAAAUGACGCUUCCCAUUUUCGCCAAGCUUCUACUUCUUAGCCUUCUUGAGCCUGUGAUCGACCAGAAUCUGUACUUCAUAGGCAUGAAAUAUACAACAGCAACUUUUGCGGCUUCUAUGGCCAACAUCCUGCCCGCCUUGACUUUCUUGAUUGCAUUGCUAUUCAGGCUAGAGAAGGUGAGAUUGAAGAGUAUCCGAAGCCAAGCGAAGAUAAUUGGAACGGUGGCAACGGUAGGUGGGGCCAUGAUGAUGACACUGCUCAAAGGCCCAAUGCUUGAGCUGUUUUGGACCAGGUCAACCGCUCACGGCCAUCCCGCAACUGGGGCCAUUGAUCUCGCCCACUCUAUCAAAGGAGCUCUCAUGAUCACCUUUGGAUGCUUGAGCUGGGCCUUCUUCGUCAUCCUACAAGCAGUGACAUUAAAAACAUAUCCCACAGAGCUUUCACUCACUGCAUGGAUAUGCCUUCUGGGAACUGGUGAGGCAGCCAUUUUGGCACUAGUCAUGGAGAGGGGCAAUCCUGCUGUUUGGUCCAUCAACUGGGAUACCAAAUUUCUUGCUGCCCUUUACAGUGGAGUAUUCUGUUCUGGGCUGGCUUAUUACAUCCAAGGAGUCGUCAUGAAAGACAGAGGGCCCGUUUUUGUAACUGCCUUCAAUCCAUUAAGUAUGGUCAUUGUUGCCGUAAUCAGCUCCAUCAUUUUACGAGAGCAGAUGUACCUCGGAAGGGUUGUGGGUGCCGCUGUCAUUGUUAUAGGGCUUUAUAUGGUCCUGUGGGGGAAGUGCAAGGAUCAGAACUCAGCUGCAUCUCAUGUUGAAGCAGCAAAAUCUCUACCAACCCUACAAAUGAAAACAAGUGAUGCAGCUGCAAACAGUAGUAGUGACAAGGAAAAUCUUCCUCUUGAUCAAAUCCUCACCAUCUAUCCCUCUUCACAACAUACCCACAAAACUCUAGGAUAGAAUCAGACUUAAGUUGUCAUCUUCACAUGAGUAAACCAAUGUUCUCUUUAAUUGUAGGAGAAGCUUCAAACAAUUUUAAGGAAUUUUGACAUCUAAUCUCGCACUUUCACUUCAAAUAAAUUGUGGGUUUUCUCACAGCUGGUUCAAAUUUU